GUCAGCAGUGCCACAUCAGCAGUGCCACGUAAGCAGCAAUGCCACGUCAGCAACAUGACGGGCCUGUCAGGCCAACUGGCCAAUGAGACCAUUGCCGCCUACAAGCAGCGUUGCCUGGCUCAGAUAGAGGCUGAGGAACAACGCCUGCUGGCAGUCGAGGCUGCCCGCAUACAGGCUGAAGAGGCAGCAGCAGCAGAGAAACUGCAGCUACAGGCCGAUGCAAACGCAGAUGCCCAGGCUCGCCGCAAGGAAGCCCUGGAUCAGCUGCAGCGGCAUGAAGCCAACAGCAUCGACAGACUCAAGUACUGGCAUUUUAAACCGAACGGCGACGAGGCAACACCAAAAGAGAAGCACAAGGAGUUCCUCUCCAAACUCGUGACGCGGUUGUUGUAUGCUUGCAACUACCAAAGGUCAGAUUUGGAGAGACAACACCGGGACCUGACGCAACAGCAUCAGGAAUUGGCGACGCUCCGCCGCACAGUGCAGAGCCACGAGGAUGCAACUCGRGCACUCAAUGCCCGAUUGUUGGACGUGGAACAGGCUGUACCAGGACCAGCUGCUGGAGCUUCCAGCAGUGCACCCUCAAGCCGCCAACUGGAGGACCGCGUUGACCACGUAGUGGCAAUGCUCGGCGACAUCAGCACCUUCGCUGCGCCGACCACCACCAUCAGCAAUCAGUUGCAUACAUUGAAGACCGAGGUCCAGAAGCUGCAGUCGACAAACGCGGACGACAAUCCGAAGAUGUACAAGAUGCCAACUUUCAACCUGCAGAGGUUCGACGACUACACGCAGCAGGAUCCCGUCCUCUGGUGGGAAGCAUUCACAACGCAACUCAGGAUUCUGCCAGUAGCCAAGCACCCGUACAUCGGCGCCCUGUUCCUGAACUCAAAGGGCGGAUGCCAGACCUGGUUGAGUCACCUAGCAACCUCCCACGGCGUCGACGUACCAGACUUGAAGGACGUAAUCACAUGGGAGGAACUGACACGACUGUGGAAGAAGCGGUUCAUCGUCGACGACGCGCCGACACUCGCCAUCAACCGUUUGUUCACCAUGUCACAGGGCAACACAGCAACACGGGACUGGCUCACGGUGUGGCAGAAGAUUGCGGCUGUGCCCAAUCUGAACCUACCAUUCGAGCAUCUACAUCGUGAGUUCUACAACAGGUCUUGUGCGGCAUUGAGCCAGGCUCUUGGUGAUCGCGAGCAGUACUCAACCUUCGCGGAGAUCAUUGACAAAGCGAGGAAGAUCAUCAAGACCAACAGGUCUCCUUAAGCAACAAUGCAGGGUUUCAAGACAGCCUUUUGGUGGAGAAGGUAACCAACAAACUUUCAAGCUAAAA